CGACACUAGAGAGUCGACAUCUAUGAAUACGUAUUGUGUGCCUAUGCGCAUAAGAAUCAGCAUUUGUAUUUCUCGUCAUCAACAUAAUUGACAGUAUUACAAUUUUGAAAAAUGCACCAUCAGCAUAUCUGCUCCAACAUCGUUCUUCCAACGUUGUCAGUCGUAGCCGUAGCGAAAAAUUCCUAAGAGACAGUUGUUCAGUACCAGCAUGAUGCCCGGGCAUCAGCCACCCUACCCGGGUUUGCCGGGUGUGCAGUUCAGUCCCUAUAAUCCGUCGAACCCGCAAUACCAUGGCGCAGCUCCUGAUGGGCGGGCGUCCACUCUGAUGAAUACACAACUCUGGCAGCAGCAACAGCAGAUCCUCGGGAUAGGCGCUAGUAUAAUUCAUCCGCCGAAAGUGAUGCCAAAACCGCAACCACCCGUGAACCUUCCGCCAGUUCCUUUAUCGUCUCACGGAGGUGCGAACAAGAAGAAAAGGACCACCGGCGUUCGCGUUUUUAUCGGGAACGUCCCCUUCGAGAUGACGCAGGAGGAACUGUGGGGAAUCUGCAGCAGCGCCGCGGGCGCGGUGGAGCUGCGGAUGGUACUCGACAAGGAACGUAACGAGAAAAACAAAAUCGCUGGAGCCACUGGAAAUGGGCAGUACGACCCGAACAUGCGGCACAAGGGGCGCGCGUUCUGCGAAUACACAGACGUGGAGAGUGCCGCGAACGCGAUAAAGGCGCUGCACCAGUACAAUGUUCCGUGCGCCAAGGGCGGCAGACAGACCCGCACAUUGAUCUUUGAUUGGGCCGAUCGGGACUUGGAACAGGGCUUGCAAGUUCCAGACGACGUAAAGCCACAGAUUCGCUCCUCAACCUACGAUCCCACGAAACAUCAAAAGGCUACAACUUCGCAGUUGCUGCCGAUGCAACUACAGAGUAAAAAUCAUGGCGGCAAAAAUAGUAGUAAACCUCCGACGGGCGUGCCUUUAUCUUCCCCUAAGCUGCAAACGACCGCAAAGACCGCCAUUACUUUCAGUUUCAAUACGCUGUUAGAAGCAGCUCAGGGUGGAGCAGCAGGGGGCUCUGCUUCGUCCAGUAGUUCGGUUAAAGGCUUAAAGGCGAUGCCUGUCAUGCCGCCUCCCCCGAAAUACCGACCCGUGGAACAAAUGGAUGGCGCUGUGGCUGAAAGAGACCGCCAGAAAAAGGCGAACAGCGUCGCCUAUUACCAUAAGCUAGUGGAAAUUCGAAACCAUUUAGAGACGGCAAAGGGCGGCACCAGCACGGGAGGAGUAGUAGAGACGCCCCACGAGCCAAUACCAGACGCAGAGUUGCUGGUGGAAGCAGGUACUUGUGUAGUUUUGAUAAAACAGUUCAAGUUCUUAUCGCGGUCUAGGACGUACUAAGAUAGAACAAGAAGGAUCGAUGAGCAACAGGAACUACAGCAUUCAGUACAAAAAAUACAACAUGAUACAACACGAAACGUUGAGAUUUAGCGUUAUGAGAGAUACAGUGCCAUGCAUAAUAUUACGUCAGCCUUAACCUCCACAGCGAACACGAAGGAUGAAAUGAAGGGUGAGGGUCGUGGUCACUGACUCUGUCUACUGAUCAUCUACUGCCCAGAAUCUGCUUUCAAAGAUUUCAAUUUGGCAAAUACCAGAACCUUUUUCGGAGCGAAGUUCCUUUUUAGGAUAGAUUUAGAUGAUGAUGAUCGAAGUUCCGCGGAUCAUUGUACGACGCAAAUUUCUUGAACGACGAAGAGACUGAGAUGCGACUCCAACUAUCAUCAUGUUCGUCUCGAUAAAAAAGCUACGACAGACGCAAUUUUCUGUUGGUCUUUUCUUCCGAUGCGUGCAGGACGUUUCAUCUUUCUUGAUAUUGCAUACUGGUGAAAGAGUGGAUAGUUGUCAAAGGCCCGACCGACUCAGAGUCAGACAAGGACGACCUUGUAAGAUCCUCGAUUUCAAAAAUAUUUAUUGAUUUCCAUUUUCCAAGAUGGCAAGAAAAGUACUCGACUGUUAAAAACUAUGUCUAUGUACCUUUACCUGAUCACGAUUUCAAAAAUCUGCGAAAAAAGAUUCGGGCCCGGUGACGAACCAGAACAUGCCGAAAAAUAAGAGGGUGAAGAAUCUAAGGGCGAUGAAGAGAGCACUUGCGCAGCAGAACGGCCAGAACGAUCCGACAGGAGGAGGUGCAGCUCCAAACAACAACAAGAAAAAUCAGAACGCGACCAAUAAAACGAAGAACACCUCGGACGACGGUGCGCAGCAGGCUUUCAACCCGUUUUCCGCGGACGCCGAACUAGAAGACGAUCUUACAGAAGAGGAAGAUGAGCUGGAGCAAGAACUGUUGCAGCAUGAGUUGCACGAUUGGUUAAAUGAAGACCUUGAUAACCUCGGAGCAGGUCAAGACCUCCGUCAAGAGAGCGAGGUGGAAGAGGAGCUGCACGAGGACCAGCCGGCGGCGUCUGCGUCUGCAUCUUCCUCGACCGCACAGCAACAGCAGGCCGCGAAAAAUAAGCGAACUCUGGCCGAUGUGAAUGCCAGUGAGUACUACCGGCAAGAGGCACAAAAGGAGCUAGAAUUGUCCAUAUUGGAAGCGCAGCAGAACAAGGCACUGCAAAACCAAAACGUGGCGCCACCUGGCCAGAAUUACAACCAAGCGGGAGCAGGAUUGAAUGGAGAAGCAGCGAGCAAGCGGCUUCGCACGAAUACCACGGUGUCAUCGUCCAGUGGCGGCGUUGGAGGAGGUGGGCCCGCUGCUCCUGCAGCAAAAGGGUCCUCGAAGGCGCAGGCUCAUGGUAGGUUGUUGUCUCAUCUGUGAAUGAUCUUGUCUCAUACUACGAAGAUGAAUGUCCAUGUGUUUCGUUUCCUUUGCUACCCCCGUUUUUGUUACAGAACGAAGAUGAACAUAUGCUGUUGAUGAAAUGAAUAAAAAUGCCUUCUAAAAAACAGGUGACCAAAUGCUUCGCGCUAAGGGCGGCGGCCCCGCCCAACGGGGACAUCAGACGCCAAACGUGAUGCCGGUACCCUCGCCGACUAGCGCUGCCGUGAACAAGAGUACAAAGCAAGUGCAAGACGACGACAGCCUGUACGACAACUUUUCGCUCAAGGAAGCCAAAGAAGCCCUGAAAUUCAUCAAGGAGGCCAAUUUGGUGGACCGCUUUUAUGCAUGGAAGCGUGACCGGGGAAGUUAAGAUUUUUUCUGUCUUGAUGUCCUUCCCAGCAAAGGCAGUAAGAAUUAUGUGAGCUCCUCAUUUUUCAGCGCACGAUUCCUCUUCGACUUGUACAAGUUAGUGCCCAUUUAUUUGAAUUACAGACAGUGCUCAUCAAUAUUGAACCACCAGCGACACGCACCACAAAUGAAACGAAAGUCGCGCUACCUUGUUUCUGGGCUCAG